UCUGGACCCUGGGCCAUGCUGCCUUGGGUCUCAGCCCUGAAGCCAUCUGCAUCUGGGAUGGCUUCCUGAGGACAGGAUUCUAGGAGUGGAAUCACUCCAUCAGGGAGGUGUAAUGCUGGGCUUGGGGAGUUUUUCAGAAAGCUGCAAAACUGGAGUUGUAAGAGAGGUCUGGCCCACUCCAGACUGCCUUCUUUGCCUGUUUUCAGCUCUAUGGAAGGCGUGCCCCCUGGGAGGACCCCGCCAAGUGGGUGAUGGACACCUACCCAUGGGCAGCCAGCCCACAGCAGCACGAGUGGCCUCCCUUGCUGCAGCUGCGCCCUGAGGAUGUCGGCUUCGAUGGCUACUCCAUGCCUCGGGAGGGGUCGACAAGCAAGCAGGUACCCCCCAGUGAUGCCGAAGGAGAUCCGCUGAUGAACAUGCUGAUGAGACUGCAGGAGGCGGCCAGUUACUCCAGCCCCCAGAGCUAUGACAGUGACUCCAACAGCAACAGCCAUCACGACGACAUCCUUGACUCAUCCUUGGAGUCCACUCUGUGACGGCCCGGCCAUGGAGUCCGCCGCCCCCCGCUCCCCGCCCCGUUUCCCCUGCAUCCCCCACGCCCUCCUGAAGAUGACUUCCUGAGCCAGCCUUAGCGCCACGGGAGCCCUGAGACCCCUCGUCCUUCAGCCUCGUCCUGGGUGCAGGCAUCCCGGGCCGGCCGCCUGCGGAUCGCUCCC